AUGGAACAAAAUGAGCAGCAAUUCGGCCAUUCAAGAGGCCGUAUGAGGCCAUACCGUGGAAGGCCGCGCGGAAAUCGAGGAUUUCACAGAGGCGGGCCAAGAGCACCCAAACAUUUUCAAAAUAAUGAUCGCGUACAAGUUUGGGGUGAUAACACCCACUUGGAGCCCGAUUACAAUUACAUGAGCCAAGGACGGGGACGUGGCCGCGGUUCCGGGAAUAAUCGAGCUCGCUACGGCACUUAUCAGCAAUUCCAUUAUCGCCAGUCGAAGCCAAGGCUCCAGGCGCCCGUGGAGUCCUAUUUUAAACCUGACAUGCUUGAAGACCCCUGGAAGGACUGUACGCCCAUUCAAGUGUCCGAAGUGACGAAAAUACAAGCAGCAAGCUCGUUUCACAAGAAUAGGCUUUAUCUAAAGCUUAAUCAGUUCGAGGGUGGCGAGCGCGACGGGCUAGACGAUUUGGACGAAAAUUCUGAGCAAAGCGCCGCGCCCGAUGGUAAAAAGAUUAAAGUAGAAGGGACAACUCCAAGUUGGAUGAACCCACAAGAAGAGAAUCCCGACGAAAUCAACCUCGAUUCUAGCGAUGACGAUGAAGAGGACGUUGAGCCAAAAGUCAAAAAGGCGAAAAAAGAGGAAACGCCCAAGGAAGAAGAUCCAGAAGAAGAGGAGCUCAACGACUGGAAAGACGCAACUCUGGACCCGCAACUUAUCGACCUCGAUCCUUAUGAAGUUCAAGAAGCAAGAGCAGCGAAUGAUAUGGGAUCUUACUAG